AUGAGAUUCGUUGAACGGAAGGCGAUUCAGGAUCUGGCAUCUAUCGAAAAUCUCCUGAAGAAGCAUCAGCUUCUAGAAGCAGACAUUAUUGCCCACCAGGAUCGUGUCCAGGAGAUGAAUCAGCAAGCGGAUUCUCUCCUUGAAAGAGAUCAGUUUCGCUGGUCAGCAGAUCGCCGAGCGCGCAAGGAUAGGGGCUUGUCAUCAUUCAGAGAUGCAAAUGAUCGCCGUGACAAGCUCAACAAAGCCCUGAAUGUGCACCAGUUCUUCCGUGACAUCGAUGAUGAGGAGUCAUGGAUCAAGGAAAAGAAGCUUCUUGUCUCAUCAGACGACAUGGUCGUGAUCUUCCUGGGGUACAAAAUCUUCGUCGUUUCUCAAGUUCGUCUGAAGGGUGAAGAACUUUUACGCUCGUCAGAUCGUGGAGAUGAAUACAAAAAGAAGCAGAUGGAGCGCACUGGACAGAUUCGUGACCUCACUGGUAGCCGCCAUCAGAAGCUGAGCGAGUCUGAAGAAUUCCAAGAGUUCUUGGGCAAGAUUGAAGAAGAGGAAGCAUGGAUGAACGAGAAGCAAACAAUUCUUGGUUCGGAUAACUAUGGCGAUAAUAUGGCCGGUGUGCAAGGUCUUCUCAAGAAGCACGACACAUUUGAAGUGGACCUUCAACUACACAAGCAACGAGUUGAUGAUCUGAUUCGCCAAGGCAAACAGCUUAUUGACUCCGGAAAUCAUCAUGGCCCUCGCAUCAAGGACCGUUGUGACCAGCUGCUGAAGCGCCUCCAUGAUAUCCAGGACAUGGCCGCUCGACGACUGCAGAAACUUCGUGAUAACUCCGCUUACUUGCAAUUCAUGUGGAAAUGUGAUGUUGUGGAAAGCUGGAUUGCCGAAAAGGAACAGCAAGUGCGCUCUGAUGACUACGGGCGAGACCUGUCAUCGGUACAGAUUCUGCUGACGAAGCAGGAGGCAUUUGAUGCUGGUCUGAACGCAUUUGAGCACGAAGGAAUCCAGAGGAUCACGGAACUGAAAGACCAGCUGGUUAGCAGCUCCCAUCAUCAGUCACCAGCUAUCCAGAAACGUCACGCCAAUGUCAUCACCCGAUGGCAACAACUUCUGGCUCAUUCGGAGGGACGUCGUCAGAAAUUGCUCAAGAUGCAGGAUCAAUACAAACAGAUCGAGGAAUUGUACUUGGCUUUUGCCAAGAAGGCAUCGACCUUCAAUUCCUGGUUCGAAAAUGCUGAGGAGGAUUUGACGGAUCCAGUUAGAUGCAAUUCACUUGAAGAGAUUCGUGCCCUGCGCGAGGCACAUGCUGAGUUCCAGCGUUCGUUGAGCUCGGCCGAAGAGGAUUUCCGACAACUCCAAGCUUUAGAUAGGCAAAUCAAGUCUUUCAACGUUGGACCUAAUCCAUACACGUGGUUCACUAUGGAUGCCCUAGAGGAUACAUGGCGCAACUUGCAAAGGAUAAUCAAGGACCGUGAAGUUGAGCUGCAGAAGGAAAAUGCCCGCCAGGAGGAGAAUGACCGAUUGCGCCGAGACUUUGCCAAACUCGCCAAUGUCUUCCAUAAUUGGUUGACGCAAACCCGGCAGGAAAUGAUGGAAGCGAGUGGAUCCCUUGAAGAACAGCUUGAAGUGUUGAAACGGAAAGCUGGCGAAAUUCGAGCGAACAAAACACAAUUGCGAAAGAUUGAAGAACAAGGUGCUAUGUUGGAGAGGAAUUUGAUUCUGGACAAUAGAUACACUGAACAUUCGACAGUGGGCCUGGCCCAAGCUUGGGACCAACUCGAUCAGCUUGCUAUGCGAAUGCAGCAUAAUUUGGAACAGCAAAUACAAGCCCGCAAUCAAUCUGGUGUGACGGAAGAGGCGUUGCGCGAGUUCUCGAUGAUGUUCAAGCACUUUGACAAGGAGAAAUGUGGACGUUUGGAUCACCAGCAAUUCAAGAGUUGCCUGCGAGCGCUUGGCUACGAUCUUCCGAUGGUGGAUGAGGGCCAGCCAGAGCCAGAAUUUAAUCGCAUCCUCGAUAUUGUUGAUCCGAACCGUGAUGGCUACGUGACCUUGCAAGAGUAUAUGGCGUUUAUGAUCAGCAAAGAAACCGAGAACAUCCAGUCAUCCGAGGAGAUUGAGAUGGCGUUCCGUGCACUGUCCAAGGAAUUCCGUCCAUAUGUUACUGCCGAGGAGCUUUACGCGAACCUCACCACGGAACAAGCCGAGUACUGCAUCAAGAGGAUGAAGCCGUACACGGAUGCGAUUUCUGGUCGCUCAAUCCAAGGAGGUCUCGACUACGAGCAGUUCGUUCAUGCUCUCUUCCAAAGUUAA